GCGCAUGUGCAGUUUCUGCGUGCAUUCGAUUGGCCGUUUUCAAACUCAUACCGCGACUCUGUUGUUGUGUUUAGUGAGCUCGACGUUCGUUAGCGUUAGCGCUUAAAAGAUUUUUCUGUCUCAGUAACUUAUGUGCCAAAUGUAUCUGCCACGAUGAUGGAGUCAUUCCUGAGCAACAAGGCUGACAAAUGGGAUCCGCUAAACUUAGAGGCUGAACCCAACUCCCCACCAGAGUCACAGCACUCCAGCACUGAGGCGAGAGAACACCUUCAAGUCUACCUCCGCAUCCGACCCUUCACCUCAGCAGAGAGCGAUAACGGAGAGUCGCAGGACUGUGUUACCCUCGAGCCCCCUGACAAGGUUCUACUGAAGCCUCCCAGUUUGUCCCUCUCAGCCAGGCUUAGUGCUGAAAAAUCUCUUCCACAGACUGGACAGCGCUUCCAGUUCUCUCAGGUGUAUGGACCUGAGACAACACAGAGGGAGCUCUUUCAAGGCACAGUGAAAGAUUUGGUGAAAGAUGUUCUUGAAGGGGGAAAUUCUCUGGUUUUCACUUACGGAGUCACCAACGCUGGGAAGACCUUCACAUUCUUAGGUCCCGAUGAUGAUGCUGGUAUCCUGCCCAGAUCUCUUGCUGUCAUUUUCAGCAGUAUUGACGAACAUAUUUUCACUGGAUUGAGUGUCAAACCUCACCGCUGCAGAGAGUUCAUGAGGCUCAGCAGGGAGCAGCAGGCAGAGGACGUGGUGUUCAAGAGAAACCUCUUCAGACAAUUUAAAGAGACUGAGAAGAGCAAUGCCAGCCUGCUGAACUCGACCAGUAAGACUCUUCUUGAAGACUCGUCCAUGCUGGGGACGACUGUUGUAGCUGAGGACAAAAUCGACCUGGAGGUGGAACCACACACUAAGUUCUCUGUUUGGGUUUCUUUUUGUGAAAUCUACAAUGAGAACAUUCACGACCUCCUGGAGGCGCUGCCCAACGGGGCCCUGAGGAGGACCGUCCUCCGCCUGUCACAGGAUGUCAAGGGAAACGCUUUUGUCAAAGAUCUGCGCUGGGUUCAGGUGAACAGUGCUGACGAGGCUUACAAGGUGAUGAAGCUGGGCAAGAAGAACCAGAGUUUCUCCUCCACCCGACUCAACCAGCUCUCCAGCAGGAGUCACAGUAUUUUCUCCAUUCGCAUAUUGAGGAUUAAGGAUGUUGGGACUCCGAGGGUCCACGCAGUCAGCGAGUUGAGUCUGUGUGACCUGGCUGGGUCAGAACGAUGCGCCAAAACUCAGAAUAAAGGAGAGCGUCUGAAAGAAGCUGGAAACAUCAACACGUCGCUGCUCAUCCUGGGAAAAUGCAUCAACGCACUGAGACACAACCAACAGGCCAAGCUGCUGCAGCAUGUCCCCUUCAGGGAAAGCAAGCUGACCCACUACCUGCAGGGUUUUUUCUGUGGUCGAGGGAAAGCCUGUAUGAUCGUCAACAUCAACCAGUGUGCCUCCAUGUACGACGAGACUCUCAACGUGCUCAAAUUCUCUGCUGUGGCACAGAAGGUGGUGGUUCUGGCCGCCAGACCCUUUCCCAUAAUGCCUCAGAGGUCCACCAGUGAGGUUUCCCUCAUCAUCAACAAUGCUGAGAGGAAGGUUCUUCACAGCAGCAGGAGGAGCUCCCUGCUUGGCGGGGAUAGUAGCCUGGAGGAUGUCCAGGAGGAUGAGGAGGAAAAUAGCUUGAUGGAUGACACAAUGGAUCAGAGUGACAAUGAAGAUGAUGAGAAAAUUCUCAUCUGUAAAAAGACGUACCAGAGGCAGGUGGCGCAGUUGAAGCAGCUGCAGAUGCAGCUGAAGAAGGAGCGAGCGGAGAGCCUCAUCAUGGAGGCGCGAGUCAGAGAGGAAGUCAGCAGAGAAUUCUCAGAUCUCUUCUCUGAGAUGCAGUAUGACUACAAUGAACGCCUGGCGAGGGAGAGAGAAAUCCUGGAGGAACGAGCAGAAAGGAGGCUGGAGAUCUUCAGGAACCUCAUCGACAAAAUGGCCUCUGCUGGUCCCAGUCCGGACACACAAGCCAUGGACCAGUCUCUGGACUCCUACUCCUCUGAAUUGGCGGAUGUAAAGAAGGCCGCAGAGGCUGCUCAUAAAUGUUUGGGCUCAGGCCGAGCAGAAGCUCAGAGAGGCAGAAGAGUCACUGUAGAGGAGCUGGAGAGGAAGAUGUUGCAACUGAAUGAGCAGAUGGCUCACAAACACAACGGCGAAGCCAGUGGAGUAGAGGAUGAGGAGGAGAGGAGGAUUCCGCUUCAUCUCCAGCUCCAGCAGAAGUUGUCAGAGGUUGUGCAGCUGAAGAAACAAGUGGGAGACCUCCAGAGGCUGGCAGAGCCGGGCCCCCCCUCCUUGCUAGUUGAGGAGGGGUCCUCACCUGAGAGAGAGCAGCUGCAGGAGGUGUUGGCUGCCCUUGAAAAGGAGAAAACAGGCAGAGAAGAUGCGCUUGCUGCUUUGGAAUAUCAGACUCUGGGGAAAGAGGAGGCCCUGGUAUCCUUAGAGGAGGAGAGGAAGUCAAGGGAGGAGGCCCUUGUCACACUUGGGGAGCUGAAGAGAAGUAAAGAGGAGGUGUUAGCUUCACUCAGAGAAGAGAGAAAAGGCAAAGACGAAGCCAUGAAAGCCCUUGAAGCUGAGAGGAGGGCCAAGGAGGACGCCCUCGCCGCCCUUGAAAAAGAGAAACAAAGCAGAGAUGAGAUUCUCGCAGCUCUUGGUAAAGAGAAGAGUGGCAAAGGGGAGGCUCAGUCCCUGCUGGAGGUGCAGAGGAAGGAGGUCAGCAGGCUGGUUGAGGAGAGCGAAAAGAGGCAGCAGGAGGGUGAUGCUCUGCGACAUGAAAAUAGAGAGCUGACUGCCAAAUUAGAAGCCACAGAGCAGCAGGUCACCAGGAAGCUGGAGGAAGCUGCUCAGGCACAACUGGACAAACACUCCAAGGAGAUCCAGCAGAAAACCUCCCGGAUACACACCCUGAUGCACCAAGUUCAGAGCCUGAAACUGGAAGUGGAGACAUCAGCAGCAUCAUCUGCUGGUCUCACUGAUCAGCUGAGAGAAGAAGUGUCAGAGCUUAGGAGGAAUCUGGCUGAGGAGAAGGAGAAAAGUGAGAGCAAACACAGACACAUUCUGGAGCUGGAGGAUGAGCUAGCACAGGCAAAAGAACAGCUGGCUCACAACCAGCUGUUCUCUGACCAGCAGCUGCAACAGUUUACUGAGAAGCUGAAUCAGCAAGAAGAGACUUCAACACAGCAAGCUGAAGAGCUGAGAAAGAGGCUUCAGGACCAAGAAGAGAAAUCUCAGCAACAGCUGGAUGAGCUCAGAGCCAAGCUGGAAUCCCAGGAACAUGGUUCCAAAGAAGAAGAGCUGGGAAUGAAACUCAUAGAACAAACACAGGCCUCAGAGAAGCAGGUAGAGGAGCUCAAUGAGAAGCUUCAUCAACAAGAGGUGAUGUCACAACAGCAGCUGGAAGAGUUGAAACACAAGCUGAAUGAACAAAAAGAAACCUCUGAUAAACUUUUGGAUGAUCUCAAGCAAAAGCUCCAUGAGCAGGAGCGAACUGCAGAGCUGCUCAAGGCAGAAAUAGAAGAGGCUAGAGUUAAAGGUUCAACCAGUUCCUCUAGCCCUGCUGCUGAGGAAGAUCUCAAGAGGCUGAACUCUGAUCUCCAAGCUGAAGUUGCAACCCUAAGGGCAAGGAUUUCCAACAUGGAAGAAACAAAGGAGUUUUCUGUUACAAGUGAAGCUUGCAUAGCCUCAGAGGAGGAGGGAAUGCUUAAAGAAAAGGACGGACACUUGGAGGAGAAGCUUGUAGAGUUGGAGGAAACAUCUGCAAAGAGAGAGGCUGAGCUGCAGAAAAAGCUGUUGGAAAAGGAGGCACAAGUGAAAUCCCUGCAGAAAAGCCUUCAGGAGACACAGGAGUGUCGCGAGGUGGAGGAGAGCCAAGCGGUCCAGGAGGCCCGGCGGAAGGAGGUGGAACGCCGCAGGGAGCUUCUGGCUGUGGCUCAUGAAGCCAUUGCUCAGAAGGACGCAGAGCUGGAGAAAAAAGCAGAGGAGAUCAGCAGACUGAAGGAAAAUGCCAAGCAGGACUCUGAGAGAAUGAAAAACCUCAGCCUCGACCUUCAGAGAAAAGAGGAGGACACUUCAGACCUCCGAGAGAAACUGGCCGACUACAAGAAGCAGAUCCAGCAGGUCCAGAAGGAGAUCUCAGCCAUGAGAGAAGAGGAAAAGGUUUUGAGGCAGAAGCUGUCUGACGCAGAGAAAGCCAAGAAGCAGCUUCAGUUUGACCUCGCCAACAGAGACAGAGCCAUCCAACAGCUCAAAGUGGAACAAUCCUCUGAGACCAAGUCUGACCAGACACUCCAGCUCUACCAGAAGGCCUGUAAAGACCUUGAGGCCAAGGAGCGUGUGAUGGAGGACAUGCGUUUGGCUCUGAUGGAGCAGGAGGAGACGCAGAGCGAAAUGGAGCAGGUCUUGGAGGAGAAACUUAACGCCAUCCAGGAGCUCUCCAGCGAGGUGGAGAAAUUGAAAGGGAUGUUGUUGCAGCAGGACCGUGGGAACAACACACAGCAACAUGUUGACAUCCAAUCAGAUGACCUUAAACUGGCCCGAGAGGAAGCUGCUCAGGCUCAGGAAAGCUUGAAGCUCAGUGCAGACAAACAGCAAGCCGAACGCAGAAAGUGGCUGGAGGAGAAGCUGUCCCUGAUUGGCCAAGCGAAAGAGGCGGAGGACAAGAGGAACCAGGAGAUGCGGAAGUUUGCUGAAUACAGAGAACGCUACACUCGACAACAGAGCCAGCUGGAGUCCUUGUCAUCCCAGCUGGCAGAGAAGGAGCAGACCAUGGAGAGGUGGAGGAAGGAGAGGGACACUCUGGUAGCAGCUUUAGAGGUCCAGUUACAGAAACUUCUCUCCAGCCAAGCAGAAAAAGACAAACUCAUCCAACAGCUGCGCCAAAAUACCACACAGCCACCACAAGAGGGCAGUGAUGGCGGUGUUGGUGUGGCAGAGCUGCAGGCUGCUCUGUCUGAGAAGGAAGCAGAGAUCCUACGACUGAAGGAAGAGCUUAAGGCCUCAGCAGCCAAACAGGAAGUCACACAGACUGACAGCAGUGAGAGUCCUGCCGUAUUGGAUGGCAAACCCAAGAGUGAAACCGUUAACAGGAAGUCAGGAGGAAAGAUGGACACGAGAGCAUCAGUCAGCAGUCAGGGCUCAGCUGGCUGUCCGUCAGUGCUCGACUCCUCUGAGAUUUCCACAGAGAACGGGAGGACGAGCCGCUUCCCCCGGCCAGAGCUGGAGAUCUCCUUCAGCCCCCUGCAGCCGAAUCGGGUGGCUCUGCGGCGCCAGGGGGAGGAGAGCGCCGUCACCGUCAAAAUCACCCGUUCAACACGCAAGAGGAAGAGCGAGGAGAUGGACAAGGAAGAGGUGGAGGCACAGAACAGAAGGAACACGAGGACCAAACUGACGCCAAAGCUGACCCCACACCAAGAGGAGGUCCCCUCCCCAGCGGGUCGCCAUGACUCCCGGAGCAGCAUCCGCAGCAGAAAGGAAGGAACGCUGCAGAAGAUCGGGGACUUCCUGCAGAGCUCCCCCACGCUGCUCGGCAGUAAAGCCAAGAAGAUGAUGAGUCUGGUGAGCGGUCGAAAUGAUGCAGACUCAGCGGCCGCCGCCUCCUCCUCCUCUUCUUCAUCCCUCAGUCUGAGAGCCAAGAAGAACAAAAAGAAACUGUACAGGCCUGAAAUCUCCUCCCCCAUGGACAUGCCCUCACACCCAAUCAUCAGCAGGGAGCCGGUGGAGAAGGAGAGCGACCACCAGAUCAUUAAGAGACGCCUUCGCUCCCGGACGGCCAAAUGAUCAGCCCUCCAUGUUGGACUGAACAUCACGGUCCUAACACAAGCAGACGUGUCUUGGAAGUAAUCGCAUUUAAUUUGAAGUAUUUAACUCUUCCAGUCAGUUAAAGAAAUACUUCAACAUUUUGGAAGGUAGGCUUCACUUUUCAUUAGGAAAUCAGUCCCACCCCUGUGUGAGCGCGCUCAGUACGCAGCUACAGGCAGGAGGCGUUAGCUUAGCUUAGCAUACAGACUUGAAGCAGGGUGACAGCAAACCUGGUUCUGUCCAACACUCACCAACACGCUGUAUUUUGGUUUGUUUUAUCCAAACAGAAAAGUCUUUGCUUUGAGGGGGAUGUACAUGCUGGAACUAUUUGUCCUUCCGCCAGCAUCUGAGCUGGUUUCCCUGCUUCUAGUCUCACAGGCACGAGUGAAAUCAAACGUGUUUCCCAAAAUGUUGAAGUCAUAUUUUAUUAAAUCAGCCUUUUUUAUUUCUUUGUGAUGCUGUUUUGUCCACAUUUAACAUCAAAUAACUCCAGAAUUACUGCAUUUAUCUGGUUAUCUUUUAGUACACUUUGUAGACAAAAAAAUUUUGUUUUUACGUGCAAUUUUUUUUUCUAUUAUUGAAUUGUCUGCGCUGUGCUGGAGAUAUUUUUGUUUUUCUAUGUCAGUAAGCUACUGCAGCAGCGUCUUUUCUCCCUCUGUGAACUGACAGUGGUAUCAGCAGGGCGCUAAAGAUGUCUUGCAUUGUUUCAAGGAACUCUUUUCACACUACACGCGAAGUGGUUCGGACGCUAUCCAAACUCCUACUGCACUUUAUCUCUUUUCUCGAGCGCAGGCUGCGAACAAGCAGGAUUAAAUUUCCGGCGGUUGUGCUGCGUUCGCUGUCGCGCAGCCUUAUCUUUUGGUUCUGACCGCUGAGCUCCUAACACGUCACUUUGUUCGGUUCUACAUGAAGGUCCGCUCAGUUUUUGUCCAGUAACAUGUUGUCAGUUUAGUUCUUGAUGUUUCUUAUGUUUCUUUUUUUGUGCACUUUUCUGAAAAGUCUUGACACAUCUGUCUCAUAGCAUCGUGUUUAUUCUCCUGUUCUACGUUCUGUAGGUCCUAUCAGUAAUUUACAGAUUAAAAACACUAAACAUCUGGA